AGGGUGAAAAAUCGAGCGAAGUCAUCAAAGUUAAAGUAGAAGCUCGGCGACCGUUCAAUCGAUGCAAAAGCUUAACCUCGUCACAACUUGGUUAAAAUCGAAGUUUUACAGCUAUCUCUCUCAAUGAAAACUCGUUUAGGCACGACGAUUCGACAUGUGCAUGAAGAUCAACCAAAAUUUAGUUGGGUCCUGCUUUCGCGUCGUUUCAGCUGAGCGUCUUCCUUUUGUGAAUUAGAAUCAGAAAAACUGGACUCCUACUUUCAAUACCUAUGUAUUGACCACUUUCCAAGAAAUACUAAUUCGGAGAAAAUUUACAUUAUUGCGUUCGCGACCGUGGACUACAAUUGCUACUUUCCGCGGACGAUUGAUUUCGCAACCGAGGAUACCGUGCUUCGGCUUUAGGUUUAGUGCUGCAACUGUCUGGUGCUCUUCAUCAUUGAGAUUGCCGCUUCGGCUCGAGCGUUCGCCGCAAUAGGUAUUGGCUUUUGAUUCUGUUUCUGUUUUCAGUAGAAAUUGAAAUAGAUGCUGGAUUCGGUACGCGUCGUCCGGAUAUCAUUGAUUUUAUGGACGCCCAUGCCUAACUCAACACAAACUGUAUAUGUGCCCGACCGUGAUACUUUAUUUAGGUCUGCAGGCAGUUGUUCCGGGACCUGGGUUGCGAAAUCCAGUGCACCUAAGUACGCCAUUGGCUGUGAGGCGGAUCGAGUUGUCAGACUUUUUUGCAGAAGAGGCUCGCUGGAAACGCCUCGACAGGUACUCUCUGCUUGCAAUGAAUGAAGAGAUCGUGCUCAGGCAGCUGGUAGAUCGUCGACACUCGAUCGUCGUCGUGUCGUAAGUAUAAUAUAGGUAACUUAUUACUUAUAUAUUAGACUUUUUUGUGAUUGUGAAAUGUGAAGUAGAUGCUGGCAUUCGCAUUUGCCGCUCGAACCGGAGACAUGGACAGGUCCAUAGAUACGUCACAAUGUACGAAAAAAAUUUUGUAACUCAGGGGCUUCUGAACUCAACUACAUUCCUGCUUUCGAGAGCGACCAGGAGUAGAAGUUCCCGUGCUCUCUGCUAGCGGCACCUGUGGCAUCCGUACUUCGAACUUUUGCGGUACCGAGUUGACACGAGUUCUGUUCUUCGACAUCAUGUACGACAAACAGCAGAUUGUUGAGGACUUCUCGAGCUUCCUGCAGCACGGGCACAAAAACUUCACGGAUUGGUUGGUUCAUAAAAACGAGGAGUUUGGGAGCACUAGCACCGAAAGCUGCGCCGCUUCGUCGAGCAAGAUUUCAUCGUGCACAGCAGGAAGCGAGCUUGAACUCUCAAGACCAUUGAAAUCCUUGCAGAACACCGCUUUUGUUGAAUCCUUGUCAUCAUCCUCCGUGUCAUCUUCAUCUCCGAGUAGUCACCUAACGCGUCGCACAACACGACCUACAACCUUCAGAGCAGUCGGUGAAAUAGUUGAAACCGGAUUAGAGAAUGCUGAACAGAGUGCCGCGGUUUUGCAAAGACAAGCCAGUGACAGGAUACGCAGAGAUACAGCGGACAUUGGAGCCGCUUUGGGAGAUGCCCAAGGUCGAAUUGCACAUGAUAUUCAAGAUUUGCGGACUCAAGCAACUGGAGUUUUGGGGUCAUCUACAGCAGCAUUCGGCAAUGCGAUGGGUACAGGCGGCAGCUGGUUGAUGCACCCUCGCCAGACAGCUGCAAGUGCUGCUGGUGAAAUUGGAAACGCGGCUAGCCGUACGGGAGCGGCCGUUGCAGGGGCUGCAAACAGUGCUGGAAAUACUUUCGACAAUGCAACUACUGCCGUGGGAAAUACUGUGAGCGCAGGCUACGGAGGAGCAUUGGCAGGCUACAAAGGAGCAUUGGAUCUUGCUGCAGGUGGUGUGGGUGCCGGUGUCCACGGAGUGAAUCAAAUGGCGGAUCAGUUUAACCAGCGUUUGCAUGGGUUGGACAAUCACCAACAACUAGAAGAACAACCGGCCGUGCCCCCCCAGGACCAGCCUCCGGUCGCGCCGCCUCCGGUCGCGGCGCCUCCGGUCGCCCAGACUCCGGAGCAAGCAGCUGCGUCGCCGUCGGUGUAGCUGAUUUCACGGAACUAAGAACCUCAGUCUUCCACUUACCGAUGAAUGUGCACGACAGAAGACCCUGGUCCUAUAAACCUUAAACCCUGAACUAUCGCAGCACCGAACAAGGAAACAAUGUACUUGCGAAAAACUCAAAUUGACUGUAGGUGAUUCUGAUUGCAAGUUCUUGAACUUACAAAAAGAUCCUGAUCUUAUAUAUUGUCUCUUUCUGGUUGAUGCCGUGUCGCGAAGUUGAUCAUACUCUGAAGCCAAAAGACAAGAAAUAUGGAAAUCAAGAAUUGCGCAAGGUUUUAUCAGAGCUGUGGCAAACCAAAAUUCUAGAAACAAAAAAAUCAAACAAGCGUCAUAUAGCAAAGAAGUCGUGGAAGAUGUUGAGGUUCCAAAUUAUAAUUAAGCUGGUUGUUCUUGCUCAUGGUCACGAUGAUUUUUCAGUUCCAAAAAGAGUAGGCGAG